AUGCCUUGGCCUUCACGUUUGUUGUUGUUAGCGUUGUUUCAUGUCAGGCUCUUGCAAACAUGUCUCGCAGCCAGUGUCUCUGUCCAUGACGAUCUGUGGCAACCGGAUUAUGCUAUCUACGUGACCUGGGAAGAUAUAACGGUAAAUUGCGAACAUAGGCGGUCGGUUGUGUUCAAUGGCACGUAUCCUGGGCCGACACUCUACUUGAAAGAAGGCCAAACCACCUGGAUCAGGGCUUACAAUCACCUUCCUGAUGUCAACCUGACCAUCCAUUGGCAUGGGCUCACUAUGCGGACGGCGCCAUUUUCUGAUGGAGCGCCUCAAGUAUCACAGUGGCCCAUCGCUCCGGGAGAAUUUUUCGACUACGAAAUACAUCCAGAAAUAGGAGAUGCCGGUACCUAUUUCUAUCAUUCACAUGUCGGCUUUCAAGCUAUGACGGCUCAUGGCGUGCUUUUUGUCGAAGACGCAGAUAUCCCACCAUAUCAAUGGGAUGGUGACGUACCAGCGGUCCUUGGAGAUUUCUACCACAAGAGUGACAAGGAAAUCGAAACCGACCUGCUAUCGACCCCCUUCAUAUGGCCAGGAGAACCGGACUCCCUAGUCUUCAACGACCGAUCGGGCACCCACUCCUUCGAUGAUGCCCCCGACGACUCGUGCAAACCGUACGUUAUCACAGUAGAUCCUGGGAAAACCUACCGAUUUCGGUUCAUUGGUGGUGCCACAAUAUCGUUUAUACAGGCCGGAAUCGAAGGGCACACCAACCUAACUAUCAUAAGCGUGGACGGAUACUAUACGAAGCCAACGCAAGUCGAUCACAUUCAACUUGGCGGGGGGCAGCGCUUUGAUGCCCUCAUCACUAUGAAAUCAGAAGACGAACUUGCCGCGGAAGGGAGAAGCCAGUACUGGAUUCGGUACGAGACUCGUGGGCGAUCACCUGGUCUUCAGGGGUACGCUCUUCUACAAUAUAAUACUACUUCAUCGUCAAAGAUGAGACGCGACUCCGGUCAUUCCAAAAUAUCUGAACGAGGGCAUCACAAGUUCACUAAGCACCGGGGGGUUAGUCAUCGGCAGCCGAAGCCACCCGGAAAGAAUCCCAACCACUCUCCUGUUUCUCUACCUCCUGAUGGCACACUGACCAAUUGGCUGGAGUACACAUUGGAAGCGCUUAACCCUCGGACACCAUUUCCCCGGUUAUCUGAAGUGACUCGAACUAUAUACAUAACGGUAAAAGAAAAAGUCGUCAACGGCACAUAUCAGGGAGGCUCCGUCAACGGCUCGGUAAUCUGGGUAAACAAUGAUCUAACUUGGACCGAGCAAGAAGCGGCGAGCUUGCAUUACAAGCCAUACCUCAUAGAUGCAUACGUAACUGGGAAAACGCCCAAUUACGAUGUUGCCGUAAAACACCGAGGCUGGGACCCGGUCAUGAAGGCUUUCCCGGCCAAAAUCGGAGAGGUACUGGAUAUCGUAUGGCUUAGUAACUCCGGUCCCUCGGGCAUAUUCGAAUAUCACCCGAUGCAUGCUCACGGAGAGCAUUAUUGGGACCUAGGAUCUGGGAACGGGACAUAUGAUGCUGUCGCUAAUGAAAAGCAUUUUGUGAGUUAUACGCCUGCCAGGCGCGACACGACGAUGCUUUACCGUUAUGCCGAGAAGGGCAGGAAUCAGGUAACAGCUGGAUGGCGAGCGUGGCGAAUCAGGGUUACCAAUGACAAUGUCGGUGCUUGGCUAAUGCACUGUCAUAUCCUCCAUCACAUGUUAAUGGGUAUGCAAACCGCGUGGGUAUUCGGUGAUGCUGCGUCCAUUCUACGAGAGAUUCCAGAGCCAUAUAUCGCUGGCUACUUAGACUACGGCGGAAGCGCGUACGGAAACGAGUCGUACGAUCCCUUGGUACUUGAGUACUACAACGGAUGA